CCGCAACUUCCGGUACGGCCUGUCUAGUUUUACCGUGGUCACGUUCCUGGGCGUGUGCGCUUCUAGAGUGCCGACGCGAGACUGUGCUUAGGACUGCCGAUUCCCAUCUCCACUUGGGUGGCGUGGUCGGAGCUGGAAAGCGCGAGGAACAAUUUCGGACUGUGCGGGACACGCUGGGAUUUGUAGUUCUCCCCGGCAGCGCAGCCUGUGGGACUGACAGCUGCCGGAAGUGAGGCGGCGGGGCAAUGGCCGCCGCUGCGACCAUGGCGGCUGCCGCGCGGGAGUUGGUGUUGCGGGCUGGGGCUUCAGAUCUGGAGGAAGAGGAGGGCGCCCUGGGAGGUGGUCCUGGGCUCCAGGAGCCACUGCAACUUGGGGAGUUGGAUAUCACCUCUGAUGAAUUCAUCCUGGAUGAAGUGGAUGUUCACAUUCAGGCAAAUCUGGAGGAUGAGUUAGUAAAGGAAGCUCUCAAAACGGGUGUGGAUCUCCGUCACUAUUCAAAGCAGGUUGAGCUGGAGCUACAGCAGAUAGAGCAGAAGUCCAUUCGGGAUUACAUCCAGGAGAGCGAGAACAUUGCGUCUCUGCACAACCAGAUCACAGCCUGCGAUGCUGUCCUGGAGCGCAUGGAGCAGAUGCUGGGAGCUUUUCAGAGUGACCUCAGCUCCAUCAGCUCCGAGAUCCGGACGCUGCAGGAGCAGUCGGGAGCCAUGAACAUUCGACUGCGGAACCGCCAGGCUGUUCGGGGCAAACUUGGGGAGUUGGUUGAUGGUCUGGUGGUGCCCUCGGCUCUGGUCACGGCGAUCCUGGAGGCUCCGGUGACCGAGCCCCGGUUCCUGGAGCAGCUUCAGGAGCUGGAUGCCAAGGGAGCUGCAGUCAGAGAGCAGGAAGCCAGAGGCACGGCGGCCUGCGCAGAUGUCAGGGGCGUGCUGGAUCGGCUCCGGGUCAAGGCAGUGGCAAAGAUCCGAGAAUUCAUCCUCCAGAAGAUUUAUUCUUUCAGAAAACCCAUGACCAACUACCAGAUCCCCCAGACAGCCCUGCUGAAGUUCAGGUUCUUCUACCAGUUCCUCCUGGGCAAUGAACGAGCAACCGCGAAGGAGAUCAGGGACGAGUACGUGGAGACGCUGAGCAAGAUCUACCUGUCUUACUACCGCUCCUACCUGGGCCGGCUCAUGAAGGUGCAGUAUGAAGAAGUAGCUGAGAAGGAUGACCUCAUGGGUGUGGAGGAUACGGCAAAGAAAGGAUUCUUCUCAAAGCCAUCACUCCGCAGCAGGAAUACCAUCUUUACCCUGGGGACCCGAGGCUCUGUCAUCUCCCCCACUGAACUUGAGGCCCCCAUCCUGGUGCCCCACACGGCCCAGCGGGGAGAGCAGAGGUAUCCAUUUGAAGCUCUCUUCCGCAGCCAGCACUACGCCCUCCUAGACAAUUCCUGUCGUGAAUAUCUUUUCAUCUGUGAAUUUUUUGUUGUGUCUGGCCCUGCUGCGCAUGACCUAUUCCACGCUGUCAUGGGCCGAACACUCAGCAUGACCCUGAAACACCUGGAGUCCUACCUGGCCGACUGCUACGAUGCCAUUGCUGUUUUCCUCUGUAUCCACAUUGUUCUGCGAUUCCGAAACAUUGCAGCAAAGAGGGAGGUCCCAGCGCUGGACAGGUACUGGGAACAGGUGCUUGCCUUGCUGUGGCCGCGGUUUGAGCUGAUCCUGGAGAUGAAUGUGCAGAGUGUGCGGAGCACUGACCCCCAGCGCCUUGGGGGGCUGGAUACACGGCCCCACUAUAUCACGCGCCGGUAUGCAGAGUUCUCCUCUGCCCUUGUCAGCAUCAACCAGACAAUUCCCAAUGAGCGGACCAUGCAGCUGCUGGGACAGCUCCAGGUGGAGGUGGAGAAUUUUGUCCUCCGGGUGGCAGCUGAAUUCUCCUCCAGGAAGGAGCAGCUUGUGUUUCUGAUUAACAACUACGACAUGAUGCUGGGCGUGCUUAUGGAGCGGGCUGCGGAUGACAGCAAAGAGGUUGAGAGUUUCCAGCAGCUGCUCAAUGCUCGGACACAGGAAUUCAUCGAAGAGUUAUUAUCUCCUCCAUUUGGGGGUCUGGUGGCUUUUGUGAAGGAGGCUGAGGCUUUGAUUGAGCGUGGCCAGGCUGAGCGACUCCGGGGGGAGGAAGCUCGGGUGACUCAGCUGAUCCGCGGCUUUGGUAGUUCCUGGAAGUCAUCAGUAGAAUCACUGAGUCAGGAUGUGAUGCGGAGUUUUACCAACUUCAGAAAUGGAACCAGUAUCAUCCAGGGAGCACUGACCCAGCUGAUCCAGGUUUAUCAUCGCUUCCACCGGGUGCUGUCCCAGCCCCAGCUGCGUGCCCUGCCUGCCAGGGCUGAGCUCAUCAACAUCCACCACCUUAUGGUGGAGCUGAAGAAACACAAGCCCAACUUCUGACGCACCAGAAUCUGCCGGGAUCUGCCUGAGAUUCUCUCCAUGGACCCCUUAUGCCAUCCGUACCCUUCAUGUCGGGUGCCCUUUGGUCUCCCUUACCUCCUAGGCCUUUGACAUGCCUCGCCCAGCCUCCCCGAGAGGACCCUGUGGAGGCGGGGUCCUGAAGAAUCGUCCCCUCUUUAGGUUUCUCAAGACCACUUGCCCCUGGACUUGUUUUCAGUUCCCCAGUUUUGUCACCUUUCUCAGCUCGUGUACAACCAAGGCUCUCUUCCUUCUACAAGCAGAAACUUUCACUGCCUUAGUGUCUUGCUCACAUAGUUCUGUCACCAUGUCCUGAGGUGUGAAGACUCAACUUGGAAGUGGUAGUCAGGAAGACUGCCUUCAAGUUACUUGGUGUUGUUUUGUUUUGUUUGCUUUUGUUUGUCUUUUCACUCAAAUAAUUUAUUUUCUGUCACUUUUUGACCUAAGACUUCAAUAACUUGAACACUAACCUGUUUAUGGCUUGAGAAUUACUCUAAGGUCAGUCUGCAGAAAACGAAUAAUUAAUAUGACACAA